UUUAAUACGCAUCGAUCAUUUCCAUAAGGACAAUUCUACUAGUAAUAAGGAUGUCCUGGAGGGGUAUAGAAGCUUUAAGUACGCAAAUCAGUCGUUCUUGAACUCCCCUCCGAGGCUGCGCUGAGAUUGACGAGCAGCCGACAAAAGUUCCAAAAUGGCGGAGGUGGAUUGAAAUUAGAGGUGGUAUAAAAUGACCUGAAAUAAAGUGUAUAAUGGGUAGAUAACCCUACUGUGUUUUAAUGGAAGUAUAUGUACUCAUGGAUUAAUAAAAAAAUUAAAUUGAAUGAGCGUAAAGAAAAUAAUAAUGUGCUGAUUGACAUUUGAAAAACAUAUAAUUUUAUUACAAGUGAAUGGAGUUAGUUUAUUGUGUAUUAAGAAUCUGGAUUCUCUAAUACCUAUGUGUUCAGAAAACUGCUCAUAUUUACUUCUCUUUCUGAAUUAAUGAUUUAUAAAUCUUGUUUUCCUAUUCCCCUACUCCUCUUUUGUGUUCUUCCCCUCCAUUGCUAUGGAGGCAAAAGGAAAUGAAGAGGAACCUCCAAAGCUAGUCAUACCAAAGUCAAGUUCUUUUUCUCCAAAAGUAACACGUCCAAAAUUACCCUCUUUUGCUAGAAAGCGAUCUUCUAGCCCUAGACAUAAAACAGACCCUGGCCAUGGAGAAAUACAAGCUAUUAUGCAAGAUAUUCUUAAUUUAAACAAGGUGGAUUUUGUCAAAACGUAUAGCCGUCCUAUUACUCUGCGGUCUCAAAUUGCACAAAAAUCUUCAUCAACUGAUACAUCACCAACAGCCUCACCAGCUGCUGGAUCGCCAACAGUUGACGACCCCAGACAAGGCUUUACUAGAAAUCGGAGUCGAAGUCUCAAAUUGCUCACAAACAAAUUGAAGAAGUUCGGACCAGAUGAAAAAGUUAAGCUUACAGAUCCCAACACAGUCUCUGAAGAAGUGAAAGCCCACAUGAUGGAGGUCGAGAAGUCUGCUGGAUCUGGAGAAGAUCUAGAUGAAAUGAGUAAAUCUACAGAUUCAGAAUCCAAAGCUCCAAGUUGUGAUUCUCCAGUUCCAGAUGCUGAUACUUUAUUGGCCAUGCGAAAAAUUUCACAAUGCACCAGUGCUGAUGAAGAUUCUUCCAGAGAAUUCUUUGAUGAAGCUGAGGAGAAUGCUUUAAGUGAUGCAGGAGGAGAAGGUCAUUUAGCAUGUGGACAAGACACUCCCAAGAUCUAUGCUGAUGAUGAAGGCCUUGGUAACAGUGAUGAACACCAGAAUCCGGUAGUCAGUACAUUUACAUAUCAGCCAAUUGGAAGAAAUUCGCCAUUUCUAAAACUAGCUGCCACUGCACCAUAUCCUAAACGGAGAACGGGUAUUACAACGCUGAAGACAUUAAACAAAGUUCAAAAUUUAUAUGGUAAAGGUGAUGACGAUGGUGGCAGCAGACGACAACAACGCCUUGAAGGUUCAUCACCAAAUAAUGCUCAGAAAGCCUCCCCGGUAAGAUUUAUUACACACCCUCCACAUAGAAAAGCUGCAUUCCAUGAAGAAGGUGCAAUGGAUAGUAAUGGUUUUGCAGCUUUUAAAUCAUCAUCAGGAGAUAGUGAUGAAGAAGGUAAACAAAGUCAGACGUCGCUAGCAGAUAGCCAUCUGUGUCCUAGUGAUGGUGGAGACAUUGAAUCAUAUCAGGAUGCAGUAGAAAGUGUCACAACAGAAGGAAAUGAUCCAGAAAAACAAGAUCGUAAAAAUGGUAAAUCCGUCAAACAAAAAUCAAAAAGUGAUCCAGGAGGAAAUAAAUGUGCCAAUAUGGGUGAAUUUCCUUCUGUCACAGAUUCUUCGGUAUCUCAGAGUGCACCACUCUUGUCUAAGGAGGAUAGAUUUGACAGUAUUGAUGAGGACUAUUGUGUCUCUGAGGACGAUUCAAAAACAGGGGCAACUCCUGAAAGGUAUAUUUUGAUAGGUGGAGAUGAAAGUGGUAAUGAAAGAACAUCGGAUGAAGAUGACAAACCAGAUAGACAGGAACGUGAACGGUCACCACGUGAUACUCUUAGUCCUGUCAAACAUGGAAGAACAUCUGCAUCCUCUGUUUUUUCAUCAGCUCCUCCGUCCCCUAAAUGUCAGUCCCCAACUAACGUGCCUGAUUCAUCAGACAAUCUUCUAAGUGUGCCAACCCCUCGCAAACCCAUUUUACGAAGUGCCAGCUCUGCUAGUGUAUUACAGAGAGAUAGACUCAAAUUUGGAUCUAGCAGUGGAAAAGACAAAUCGGACGUGAUACGAAAGUACAGUAUUACAACUGAUGAUAAUAAUAAAGGGAACACUUUAGUACCUGAUUUUACUCCUCUUGGUGAUACAGGAGGAGCUACUAGUAUGCCUUCAGUAUGGAGGGAUCGGAUACUUACCUCAGAUUCACCUGAACGUGAUCCCGACUUUGUUAAGGAUAAACGAUAUCAUAUAGUAGAAGAAUUGUAUCGUAAUGAAAAGGAGUAUGUGGAGACAUUAAAGACACUUAAAGAUAAAUAUAUGGUACCUCUUAAAACUCAGAGCAGCUUGGAUGAGAAUAUAGUAGAUAAUAUAUUCUAUAUGAUACCUGAAAUAUUAAUACAUCAUUCAAUAUUCCUAGAUUUUCUCGAUAAUGUCUGGAAAUACUGGAACCCAGCUACCAGUACAGUUGGCAAUAUUAUUACUAGUAUUUUUUCGAAGCAGACGGUUUUAGAGAGUUACUUAUCUUUUGUUGAGAAUUAUAAAACUUCUGGUAAAGCUUUUGAACAUGCUUUACAGACAAAGUCUUCAGUACAGAAGUUUGUUGAGAACUGUCAGAGAGAAAGUGGUAUUAAAUUAUCUAUGAAAGACCUGAUUGUUCGUCCUAUACAACGUAUACCAAGAUAUGAAUUACUUCUUCAACGUUUAAUCAGCAGUACACCAUUAGAUCAUCCAGAUUACCCUUUACUGGAGAAAGCUGAGAAAAGGAUGCAUGAUCUGGCCUUGAAGAUUGGCUCUGUUAAUGAUAGUCAACACGAAGAAGACAUGCAAGAAACUCUUAAAAAACUAGAACUCCUUCUCAUUACAGAUUUGGCAGUACCAGAUCGAGCCUAUUUACGACAUGACAUGGUGCAAAUAAUAAAUAAAAAGGACCAAUGUUGUAUCUGGCUUUUUUCGGACCUCAUUAUCGUUAGCAGUAUGAAACGGAAAAGUGGCCCUGUUCCUCGCAAAGUUUCAAUCAUACUUAAAACUCCUGCAGGUCAAGAUUUUGCAGAAAAUACCAAACAUAAAGUAUGGCUUCGUAUUGGACUUGAUGAUAUUGAAAUUGUUAAAACUCAAGGCACAAUACAACGUAAACCAACAAUAGAUCGUGAUCUAAUAGAAGAAGAUAUAAAUCUUAUUAAUCAGAUAUCUGAUUUAUCUACAAGACUCUCCGUAUCACAUUCAGGUUUGGAUGAUGCUUUACGUGAGGUAUCUUCUCUAUUAAAUAAACAGCUAACAGAUUCGCAACUUCGCAGUCCACAAACAGAAUCAAAUAAACUAGAACUACUUGUUACAGCACAAGAGGGUAUUCUACAUCUUGUUAUCAGUUUCAUAUCGGGAGAAAAGAGAGCAUUAUGGGAGAAUAGUUUCUACGAGGCUAAAAAUAAACUUUCUCUGCUCUCUGAUAAAAGAGCACCAGAAUUUUUACAACCGUUACAAAUAACUAAAACAAGGGCUGGAAUGCAGUUUUCGUGUGCAGCACCUAUAGAUGGAUUAAGUAAUAGUGGUUUUCGUGAUGUAUGGGUGUGUAAUAGUGAUGGUUAUGUGGGACAUAUGUGUUUGUUAAGUUUACAGCCUGAACCUAUAGUGACAUUAAAUACCCCUGUGCCUGGUUGUAAUGCCAGAAUAUUGUGUAUAUCCUCUGUGCCUGCUUAUAUUGGGGCCUUCCGAAGAAAGAGUAGUCAGAAAGGUAAAGGAAGAACAUUAGAAACUUUACCAUCAGAAGAUUCUAUCAGUGAUAAACCUAUUGAAGGUCCUACUAUAAAUGUAGAGAAAUGUGAAGAAGAAGAUAUGGAGACUGCAGGAGAAGAUGGCUAUCAGUCAGAUUCAGAAUCAAGUGAUGAUGAACCACUAGCUUUUAGUCAUCAGGAAAAAUUAUUUGUUAGAGAAGAGAUCUCAGACGAAGAGGGUAGUAAACCAGUUCCAACACCAACUUUUAAAUCUACUCCUGAUCCUAUAACUACAAGUGGUAACUGGGUACAAGAUGCUAUGAAAAGUACUAUGUGGUUGGGUACUGAAGAUGGCUGCAUUCAUAUUUUCCAGUGUACAGACAACAUAAAAACUACCAAAAACAAGCUAAAAAUUCAACAUACUUCUGCUGUCUAUGGCAUUGUAUAUUUGGAUAAUAAAGUAUUUGUGUCUUUAGCUAAUGGUGAUUUAAUUGUGUAUAAGAGAGACCAAGGUAUGUGCCGGCAUGAGGGCUUGUGGAAUACCGCGAAUCCAUACACAAGAACUAUAGGCAGUGCCCAGUCUCCUAUAGCUAAAAUGUUAGCUGUAGCAGGAAAGUUAUGGUGUGGUUGUCAAAAUACUAUAUAUGUUAUAAACCCAUCAACGCUUGGCAUAGAGAAAUCCUUUAUUGUAAAUAUGGAUUCCAAUAGAGCUGUACAAUGUAUGGUCUGUUCGGGUCAAGGGGUAUGGAUUGCCUCACAACAAAGUUCAAAAGUCAACCUGUUUCAUGCCACAACCUAUGAAUUCCUGUUAGAAGUGAGCAUAGCACAAGCUGUGUCACAGAAACUACAGUCGGCUGAUGAUAUUAUCCGACAACAUAAAGCAGCAUGUCUGCGAUUGACAGCCUUAUUAGUGUGUAAAGAUUUAUUGUGGGUGGGUACUAGCGCUGGCGUUAUACUCACAAUACCUAUUCCAAAGAUAACCUCGACUACGACAAAUGGCUCAUUAGCCACACCUUCUGUAACUGGUCUUGUUCAUGGACAUACAGGUCAUGUACGAUUCCUUACAUGUGUAGAUAUUUCUAAUGCUGGUCUUCCUAAAUCAACUGAUUCCACUUCUAAAGACAGUGCUGAAAGUUACCCUUUACCUGACCUCCACCGAAGGUCGUCAAUGGCGACUAUGACUGCUACCAUGGCAACACGUAUGCUAGUUAUAAGUGGUGGAGAUGGUUACGAGGAUUUUCAUAAUAAUUCAGCUAAUGAAUCAGCUGGUAGAGAUGACAGUACAAAUCACCUGCUGCUUUGGCAGGUGUGAUCAACAUACAUGUAUGACCAAGGUGGAUGAAAGGAAUAGCAAUUAAUAGAAGAUUAGCAGUAAUUGACUACAAUUUUGAUAAUAUGUGAUAUCAAUACUUAUAUCACACAGUCAUAGUAUUCAAAAUUUUAAAAGCUGAAUUCUCUUAAAUUAAAUUAGGUGAUCCAUCUGUUUCUAUAUUCUAACAAAAGAUAGAUAACUAUAACAGCUACUCAAAUCAACUUUUAUAAAGAUUCUAGGUACCUAUUAAGCUUUCAUGAUUAAAAAAUGUGUCAGUGAUGUCAUCAAUGAUACCAGAUCUUUCAUUAUGGUAUUAUCAAAUCUAGAAAUGAUGAUGUUUUUAGUAAAUCAUUCAAAUAUGUUUAUGUUGUAUGUCCAAAUUUAUAUUACCUGUUAUUCAUCAUUCUUUACUUUCUAGUUGAGAACUGCAGGUUCUGAUUCUAUCAUAUAUUAAAUAUAGAAAUAGGUGGACUGUAUCUGUUAAAUGAUCUGACUAUGGAUUAUAGAUCUGUUCAAAUUGACACCAUGUUGGCACUGUGGCUUUAAUAACACACAUAUAUAAUUUUAUCCACCUUGUUCUGUGUACGAUUAAUCAAAUUGUAAAGCGAUUAUGUAAAUAUAUCAAUUGUGGUGCUCAUAAUACCUUGGUUGUGACUUUCGACAUCAACCCUAAAAGUAUUUAAACAACAAAUACAACAUGGAGUAUUUUAUCUAAAGUGUCUAUUUAUUAUGAUUUGUACAUAGUGAACAUAAUGUACAGAAGAGAUUUACUAGACAAAAUGUCAUGUUAUUUGUCUCCAUCAUUUUAUUGACGAGAAAGAUACAGCACAGGCAAUGAGUGCCUUAUACCGACCUAUGACUUUCACUUCACUUCAUAACAUAAGUGCUAUUAAUCAGAUGUUAUAAUGACUGACUCAAAAAGAAACUAGUUCAAAUUUUCACACAAGUAUUCAUGCAGUGAUUGCUUAUUUUAUCAUCACAAGUGAUUAUCGGUAACCUCUUUUUUUUUCUUGAGAUACAUCAUGACUUCUGGAAUUUUUACAUUCUGAACCUGUAAUAACAAGCCUUUAUGUUUUCAUCUUAUUGUUUAUUUUUAAACUCUUAUUUUAAAGAUUUGUUCCCUUGAGAAGUUAAUCUCAAAACUUAUGUUUAUCUAAAAAGAUCUAAUGCUUCUAAUGAACAGGAAAAAUAAAUUUAUGGUCCUAGAACUUUUAAUAUUUUUUUUUAUCUUGUCAGCCAGUAAAGUGGCACCCAUUUGGGGUUGCCGACUCACUUGCAUGAUAUAAUUUCAUGAAUUUUGAAUUAAUUGUGAAUACAGAUGUCAAAUAAAAUGAUUAUUGAGAGAAAAAAUGAAUCAUACAAGACUUUAAAAGUUAAAUUAUUUAAUAUACAGUUUAAAUUGUUCAAUAUUUGAACGGUGGAAAGUCUUUAUUUAUUUCGACAAAUGCCAUAAUUUGAAAAGCUCGAAAAACACAUGAAUUUACAUUUAUAUGGUUUUCAGGCAAUCAAACAUGGUUUUGUUUUCUUGUAUUUGAUAUUUUAUUAUUUGUUUGUAAAUUUAGUUUUACAUUAUUAUCAUCAUGGUGUUUUGACUUGUCUCAAUUGCAAUAUUUGUAGUAUUUUUAUUUAUAAGUAUAUUAUGUUUUUUGUUAGAAAUGUUCCUUUAAUUGUUAACAUUAGAUUGCCUGAGAACUACAUAAUGUGUAUAUUAGAAAUUGUCUUUUAAAAGAGAAAUUAAUCAGAUUUGUUUUCAUUCAUAAUUUUGCUUUAUCACUUUUUGUUCAUUUCAUAAUUGAAACAUCAAAAAAUCCUUAUUUCAGUAUUAUUUAUUUAAUUUAUUAUAAUUUUACUUAUAAGUCUUUUGCAAAGUCCCAGUACAGAAAUUGAACAAAUAAAAUAUUUCAGAUUGCAAUAACUAUAUAAUUGUUGACCCAUUUCGUAUUAGAAGUAAAAGGGCUGUUCGAUGUAUCUUUAAGUCAUCGCUGUACUUUUUAAUGGAAAUCGGUCAACACUGUCUUUUAGUACUUGUUUAAUAUAAAUAUGUUCAUUUAAGCUGCAUAUCUUUUAGACAGAAAUAUCUAAUAAUAGAGUCCAUGAACAUUAGCAAUAUAAAUUACUUGAAAAUGGAAAACAAAAUUCAUUUCAGUUUUCUAUCUCCAAGCAGAAAUAUGUUAGAAAGUAAAUUUGUUUGUCUAUUCAACCAAAUGUAUGAAAUGAGCAAGAGUACUGAAAAUGUCAUUCAGACGCAAUAAUUUGAUAAGUAAAUUAAAGGUAAAUAUGUGACUCGUAAUAAAAAAAGAAAUAAGCAAUAUUUUCAUACAUCACAUCUUGAUAUACAAACUUACUUAAUUUUCCAAAUACAGAAACAUGAUUUAUUAUUUACCAUUAUAUAUAUAUAUAUAUAUAUAGAGAGAUGUACAAGAUGUAGAUCUGUGGCCAUAUAUUAUUAUUAUUAGCAAUAACUUUUACAAACUGCACACAUUUUUUGAAGUAAUUUAUCUUUUUAUUAUUAUUAUAUAUUAUUGUACCUCAUUAUUUUGUAAAAAGUGUAUCGUAAAUCCAACCAAAAUGUGCGUGCACAUCCCUGUAUUAUAUUUCUCUAGUCGUAGAACCAUGUUUUUAGAAGUGGCAUAAAUAAUUCAGCCAGAAAACACAGUGAAUUUAUUCUUAGUGCAAUUAUUUAUGAUUUUUAAAACCCAAAACUGUUGAUCAAAAGUGUCAAAUAUUUGUUGAUAAUAGGUGUAAAAUUAAAACCAUGCCGGCUAAUAUCAAAUUUCUUUAUUUCGACUUACAUCAAAAUAUUUAUUGGCUAAACUUAUGUUGCUGUGCUUUAACUGUAUUACUUUACCUGGUUGACUCCAAAAGCUAAAAUUAAAACUGGCCAUUUUUUUUUUUAGACUGAGUUAUAAUGUAAGUAAACUGGCAACAUGUCUUGGAUAUUAAUUUUCUAUCAUGAGGCUUCUUAUGUAGCUUAAUGUGUGCAUUCUGUUAACAUAUCAGUGUUCCUGAUGGCAUGCACCUUUACAUUAUCAAAUAAAUUGGUUACAUUGC